AUGCUCAAGUUAUCGCGGCUCGCGUUCGUCCUGCUCACCAGUACGACAGCUGCGAUUUUCUGCACGCUAUUACUACUAUCUCCGGGUUUUCUCACCACCUACAGAAGAUCUUCCGCAUCGCGGAAAGAACAGGUGUUCAUAAGAGAGGAAAAACAAGAAAAUAGAAGGUCUGUCACUGGUACAGAAUUACUUAACGCGCGACAGCAAUUCGCGAGGACAGCUUUUUUGGAUGCGAACCUCCUGGGAAGAGGUUUCACCGAUGAACAGGUAGAGAGUAUGUCUCUUCUCGGGAAAUGGUUAUUGGCACCCGAAGGGAGUCCACCCCCUCGAUCGAACGCCACCAAUAAACCUCAUUUAAUCCUGAUUUGGAAGCACGGACAAUUUCUGGAACGCAGACACAUCAGACAUUUUACAUCCAUCAAGUUUUCACCGUGGGAUCAAUGUUCAGUGCAAAACUGUAUUCUAAGUUACGACGAAAGGGAUUUGCAUCGAGCGGACGCCGUAGUAUUUCAUUUACACUUCACGAGAAAUUCAUCCGAAUUACCGACGAGAAGCCGGAUGGAUCAACGGUGGAUCUUCCUGACGGACGAGUCGCCCUUCCACACGUUUUUGUACGGCCCUCAAAGAUUGUCGAACUACGAUGGUCUGUUCAACUGGUCCAUGUCAUAUCGAAUGGACAGCGAUGUGCCGGUUCCCUAUGGAAGAACAAUACGAAUCUCCGGAAACUUUCCGGCCAAACAUUGGAACACUAAUGUGAGAACCUCCAAGACGAAACUAGUCGUUAUAAUGGGCAGCAACUGUGGUGGUCGUAACGAACGGUGGUCCUACGUGAAGGCCCUCAAGCUGUCGCUUCACGGUGAUCUGGACGUCAUUGGUAAAUGCCUAGACGGCAACAGGACCAUCUGUCCUGGCCACUUCGACAGGGACUGCGCCGCUCUGGAAUCAUACAAGUUCUACUUGUCCCUCGAGAACUCCAAUUGCCGAGAGUACUUGACGGAGAAGGUGUUCUGGAACGCGUACCGCAAAUUCGCGGUUCCGAUAAUAAUGGGAGCGUCACGGCAGGACUGUCGGCGAUUGUUGCCACCGCGCUCCUUCCUCCACGUGGACGAUUUCGCGGACGCGAACGCGCUCGCUGACUACAUCAGGUAUCUGGACCGCGACGACGAGCGUUACCUCGAGUACCACGAGUGGCGCGAUCAUUUUCGAGUGAUCAACGAGCACGGCUACUUCGGCAGCGUCUCCAGGCACUAUUGUCGCAUAUGCGAGGCACUGCAUUACAACCCCGCCGUGCCGAAGGUUUACACGAGUCUCGAACAUUUUUGGAGCAAGGAGAGGGACUGCGCUCCAGCCAGUACUUGA